AUGAAGAGCGCAACAUCGCGAUGUCUGCUACUCCUUGCAGUGGCAUCUUGUUUUUUGCUCUCAGUUGCACAUGCUCCACAUCAGCUACUUGAGCGCCAACUAACUGUAUCUGCACCUCCCGUGGGAGCCACAACCACGACCCCCACAAGUACGCCGCCCCCCACGACCCCUACAACUACAACACCGCAAACGACGCCAACAACGACGCCAACCUCGACACCUCCUACCACUUCCCCAACUCAAACGACGAAUACCCCAUCGUCGACCCCCACUACCACCCAGGCCACUUCCACACCACCUUCUCAGACUACUGCCACCCCCACCGUUACCCCGACCACAGCUCCCCUUCCGUUGAGCACUUCAGUACAAACGACCACCAAUGCUGCUGGCGAGGUACUUACCAGCACUGUUGUCAUUACACCCACGGCCAGCGCGAGUGCGUCAAGCACACAAUUAUCUCCUACUAGCAGUAGCUCUAGUAGUUCUAGUGGCCUCGGCACGGGCUCCAUUGUUGGCCUUUCUGUAGCGGGUGGCGUUGCAGUCAUUGGUAUCAUCUCAUUCUUUAUCUGGAAGUUCACCAGGAAGCGCUUCGCAGACUUUGAUGACAAUGAAGCAAUCAAGUGGCCAGAACUGAACACCCAUAGUUCUGAUAUUCACGCAUUGCCAACCAAAUCUACGGGCCGGUCAGGUUUUGGUGCGGAAAAUGACUCCGAGAUGAACCUCGCACGCGCGCCCAGUCCCGGUGGAUACGCCCAUUCUGUAGCCGCCAACUCGCUUCCUGAAACCUAUAUAAGUUCGCCAGAUCCAUACGCCGUCCCUCCCCUUCCACACCUCAACCCCAACCAACCUUACCACGACGACCCCGGGACCUACGGCCAGGCAGACUACUACGAUCCCUAUCGUGGCCCCGUUCCCAAUACAUUUGGUGAUGGCUUCUCCGACGGCCAUACUGCAGAGACCAUUCAGAUGACACGAAUGGCCCGGACCAGGAGUCCGGGUCCACAGAUGGGGUAUGAUGUGCAAGGUCGCGCGUCCCCAGGUCCGCAGGCGGCCAUGGGUUACGCACUUGAUGGGCGGUCAGCGAGUCCUGCCAUUGGUGCUGGUAGAGCAUCGCCAGGCCCCCAAGCUGCAUAUGGAUACGGGCCGCGAUGA